AUGGGGUGCAGGUGCUGCAAAAUGAUACAAAGCUACAUUUUUGAUCCAGAAGAAGUACAAUCACCUGGAUGCAUUCAUGAAGUAAACAGCUAUAAACACCAUGAGCAAGGCAGCAAUAAAUCCAAAUUCAAAGAGAACAGUGAAAUUCAAGAACACAAAAAUGAACUCCAGAAGGAUGAGCUAAACAGAACAGAAAAUAAAAAUCAGGUAAACACCACAAAAGAAACUCUCUGGAACCACGGAGGCGAUGAUUUUCAAGAGGAUGGCCUUGUGAAGUGUGUUGCAAAGCCUGGUGUUGCAGUCAAUGGUGGCAACUCCUGUGCUGGAGUGCACUCCAUGCUCAAUCCCAGCACAAACCCAGUGAAAGAAGCCAGUGAACAGGGAACCUCCAGCCAGUCAGAGGCUUCUUCAGCCAGCAAUAGAGACUUUUACACUAAACCAAAUGAGUCUGGCCAAGAAAUUGACCUAGAGGCAGGCAGGCAGAGGAAGGCAGCCUGCAACAAGCCAAGCAGUAUUCAAGAUGAGAAUUCCCAGUCUGCAGAAGACAGCAUCUUUCUCAAAGGAAGUGCAAUACUGGAGACACAAAACAAUGCCCUAAACCUGCCAGAUACGGAUUAUCCCCCAAACAGCAAUCAAACCAGGAACUAUGUUGAAAAUGAUAGCUUUUCAGUCAAUUGUGCGCAUUCAGACCAAACCACUGGGCCUUCCGCAAUACAGGACGCACCUUCGCCUAUGAAGGAGAGCAGUAUUCAACCUUUUAAAACUGACUCCACAAGUUUGAGUGAGGGCAUUACUGGUGGUAUCACUGCCGUGGCUGUUACCAAAGUAGCACAGGCACCCACACACCCCAACCAUAAAGACAUCAAUGCAGAAAUUGAGGAGGAAGAUGCAGAAGUUGCAGCAGCUCUGGCUGCACUGGAAGCUGCAACUGCAGGGGAAGACCUGGAAGAUGACUAUGAGUACUAG